AUAGUAUCGAAUGCAAUGAAAUCAUUUAAACCGCGACUACGUACAUUGACAUCACGAUGGAUAGUGAUAUGAUUUAUGAUUUCCCGUGUACAAGUUGCCAGGAAAAUGGACUGAACUCGGAUUCAGUGAGCUACUGUGAACAAUGUGAAAAAAGUUUCUGUACCAUCUGUGUGAAAAUGCAUCACCGCAUCCUUAAGGACCACACUAUUCUUGACAAGAGCGAUCAACAUUUAUGGCUCAAAGAAACGGAUAGUGUUUACGACACCAUCGAGCCUGAUCCGGAUGAUGGAAAUAAGGACAUCGGGCAAGAACAAGAUUGUAAUAUUCAGGAAUCUUCCAAUGCUAGGGACAUAGUCUGUGAAGUCCUCGAUAAUCCUUUAACAACAUUAUGCGGAAUAGUUGGGGAAGCAAACAUGUCAAUCGACCACGAAGGCAUCCGUAUAACACGUUCAGACAGAAAAGCAUUUGUUGAAAUUCCUUUAAAUAUGAUAAGGAGAUACGGUCGAAAACGAGAUUUUAUGUUUUUCUUCGAAAUUGGAAGCCGCUUCUCGUUCGGAGAGGGAUCUAUAUGUACAAGGUGUUGUUCACGCCAGGAAGCAAAAUUGGCGAACUCAUACAUGGACAUAGCUAGUGGGAAAACAAAUUAGAGGUCGCCGGUGUAACAUACAUGGACCUCAUACAUGGACAUAGCAAGUGGAAAAACAGAUUAGAGAUCGACGGUUCACAAAUUUGUGUAACAUAGUAGAUGCAUGCGCGUGUUUGUAUUAAUGUACAUUGAUGGUAGGCAAAUAUAUGUGAAGGAAUGCAUAAAAACGACAAUGGCGUAAAUAAAAUGCAAUCAUUUACAAUGCCAGUUUUCCGCGCGCUUUAGAAGAUAUGUAUCUAGGUUUAGUGUGUUUUUAACAUAUUUAAAAUCCGUGAUAUAAAAACACAUCCGUAGAUAAAAGCAAAUAAUGUUUAGUUUUUCAGGAACCGCGUCAUAAUUUUAAAACCUAGAUUCACUGACAAUGUAUAUACAAAUGUUAUGAAUUAUUCUACCAAUUGCUUUAUUUUUUAGUUGUGUGUAAACGCAUCCAAUUCCAAUUUUGUUAGAUAAAAUGAAAUAAUAUUUUUUAUUUAUAAACGUAUUGUCAUUACUUGAUUAAUUCAGCAAAUUUAAGAAAUUAUUUAAAUAAUAUAUUUGUAAACUUCGAGCUUUGUAAAACACCAUAUUUUUUGUAUCGAAUUAACUUUAAUUGCACGCCUGAUACAACCGGGGUACUAUUUCCAUAACCAAACUAUACUUGAAGAAUGCUCAGGUGUUUAUCUGCCGGUAGUUAUUCGAGAUGUUUGUAUUAAAUCAAAUGAAUAAGUUGUAUCUACAAUGAGUUUCGUAUUCAUUAUGUCUGAAGGAACUCCUCUAACGAAUCAAUUAUUAAUAUCCUACAAUACUAAUACACACAAAGGCCGCGUCUGUAAUAUAGACUCGUUUGAUAGUUUCAAAUGGCAUGCACGCUACGCAGAUCAGUGAGACAAUAAUUUUUUAAUAUGAUCGAUUCACUAGGUCGUUAAAUUUAAGAUUUAGUCAAAAUGUAUACCGCUUUUAUAGAUAAAGAAAAGCAAAGUACGACUUUCACAUGUAUAAAGGAGAUGGUGCCUUCUAAAGAAUGAAUGAAGAAAAAGAAACUGAGUGCCAAAAUUGUAUGUAUCUGGUAUUAAAACAAAAUAAUGGAAGCACAAAAAAUAAUUUGGUAAACACUAAUAUACCUUAGAACAAGGGUUACCUAGUGUGCUCAAUUUAAUCUAUGAAUUUGUUGAAUAUUUCAUGUCAUCACUUUUAAAAGAUUAUCAACUUCAACUUCAAAGUUUAUUGACAAAUCGGCAUAUAACCAUUUUGCCAUUAAACAUAAUUAUUUAACAUUGUACAGACGACCGAAUGAUAUUUUUACAGCACAAUUACAUAUAUAGUUAUAAGGAGUACAUGUUUUUAAAGAACAUAUAGAUACAUAUUAAGCAAAAGUUAAGAAGCAGGUAUAUUAUCAAUUUGUUCUUGUCUUUUUAGCAUAGCAUGAUGAAUGUAUUUAGAAACAUUUCUAAUUGUUUUUGAUUUUUCACACGACAUUAACUUAAUAAACU